CUGUUGUGCCGCGCGGGGCGGGGCGUUUUUCGUGAAAAUUUACGCACGAAACUUUUCGUAGUCUUUCCCCCAAAAAUAGUACACCAUUUGUUUAUUUUGUUUUGUUUUUUCUGUUCAAUUGCACACCCGAACAUAGGAUAAAGUAUAAAGUAAAACAAAGGAGUAGUGUACGCGACAGCUAAUAUGAAAAUGCAGUGCAAUUUUGUCUAAGGAAAACCCCCUCUGCAUCGCAUGGCUGUGUUUAAAUAAAUUAUAGCCAAACAAAAUGCAGCAGCAGAAGCAGCAACAAACGGGCUGACUGACGCCGCAAAUAGGAAUAGAAAAAAUUAAUAAAGAGGAGUAUUGGCAAGGAAAACACAUUGCAAGAAGCUUAGCAGGAAGAAACACUCGGGGAAAACGGAGUUGUAAAAGGAACUGCACACAUACAAACACUCGUUGGAAAAAAAAGGAGUCCAAGGAGGAAAGGCCAAGAAAGAGGCAACUAAACACAAACGCAAUUUGCAAUUGGAAUUGAUAUUCGAAAUUGGAGUGGGAAGUGCAAGUGUUGUGGGUAGUAGAAAAAGGAGUGUAGUGUGUGUGUGUGUGGAUUGAGGAGUGGAGUGAGUCGUUGGCAAAGGAGUGUGAGGGGAAGUUUAUUGUGCAAUUGGGCAACACAUCCAGCAAUAAGAGUGUGAGUGCCGGAGCGAGAUAGAGAGCCAGAGAAUUGCAUGUGUGUGCGUGUGUGCAUGUGUGGGUGUAGUUGUUGGCUCUCCCCAGUGCAUAAACUGUGCUCGUGCUCGUGCUCCAUUCGGCUUCUUCGCCCACGCACUUACCCGAAGCGCAGUGAUAGAGAGGGACGGAGGAAGGCGCAGGAAGAGCGGUUUUCAAGAAACAAGAAACUGCAUCAAAAGCAAAAUGCAAAUCGAGCCAACCAACGGCUGAGGCGGCUCAAAUUUGUUUAAAUUACGACGAAUAAGUGUAAAACAAGACGGAGAAACCUGCUUCUCCUUCUCAAUUGCAUUUCUUCAAAAAUUUGUGUGCAAUAAAAAAAGCCAGCGAUCGCAGAAAAGGCUCACACAGAGAGAGUGCAGAGCAGAGCAGAGUGUCCAGAGAAACAUAUAUAUAGACAGAAAGAGAGAGAGCAGUGACAGCAGACAAAGAGAGCACACUCGCUCGCUUUUACAGCUGCAGUGCCCUGCUCGUACUCCUACACACAAAACACCACCCGCGCUCCCUCCGACCGACCACACUCUCUUCUUCUGGUAAUAUGGAUUUUGGCGGUCUGGCAGCCCAACAACAACUAUUACAGCAACACUUACUACAACAACAACAGUUACAUCUGCAACAACAGCAACAAAAUCUUGAGGAAACAACAGCAAUAACAAAUAUAAACCUAAGAGGAAUCUUGGUUGGCGGCAGUGCCAGCGGUGGAGGAGGAGCGACGACGACGACGACGGCGGCGGCCAGUGCUUGUGCUGGUGGGGAUUGUGGUGUUGGUGGUGUUGUAGUUGUUGGCGGCGCUGGUGCUGGCACUGGCGGCGUCAAACUGCGUAGAAACAGCGACCGUCCGCUAACGACAACGACGGAGGAGGCUGCCAACAGGCAACAGUCGCAGUCGCACACGUACCGCAUCUCCAUGGCCAACCUCGAGGACACACAGGAGUCCGAACUGGAUCAGAUAUUGGGCGAGCUGAGCUUGCUGGAGGCGCAGAUAAGCUAUGGGGAGGCAUCCUUUCUGCCUGGCGCUGGAGGAACAGGAACAGGAUCAGCAGCAGCAGCAGCGGGAGCGGGAGCAGGAACAGGAGCAUCGAAUGCAGCGGGACAUGCUGGCGGAGGGGUAGCAGUGAUUAUGCCUCCCUCCGUCAUGUCAUCGGCGGCCUCAUCGCGCUCCCAUUCGCGCACAAACAGCAGCAUCUCGGCGGAUGUGAGCACCUGCUCCUCCUCGGGCAUAUCCGAGAGUGGUGUCGGGCCAUUGGGUGGCUCUGUGGCAGGAUCCACUGCCUCUUCGGUGAUGGGGUCUGGGGGCAUGAUGAUGAUGCUUCCGCCGCUCACGCUGGGCGUGGUCACGCAUCGUGAGCCACGUACCGAAUCGCCGGACAAUGAUUCUGCAUUCAGCGACACCGUUUCGCUGCUGUCCAGCGAAUCAUCGGCCUCCUCCAACACAUCCCUGCAGCAGCAACAGUUGCAACAGCAGCAGCAACAUCAGCAGCAGCAGCAGCUGUCGGCCCAGAAACGGCAGGGAAGCAGCGGCAACAGCAGCUCAAAGGCGGCCAAAAUUCAGCUGGCAUUGCACAAGCUGGAGAGCGCCUCCAUACGACGGCUCUUCGUGAAGGCCUUCACGGUGGAUGGGGCCUCCAAGUCGCUGCUGGUGGAUGAGCGGAUGGUCUGCGGUCACGUUACACGACUGCUGGCCGACAAGAAUCAUGUCCAGAUGCAUCCGCACUGGUCCCUGGUCGAGCAUUUGGUAGACUUACAAAUGGAACGCCUUUUUGAGGAUCACGAGCUGCUGGUGGACAAUCUGAUGGCUUGGAAUUCAGACGCUGGCAACCGUGUGCUCUUCCAGCAGCGCCAGGACAAGGUGGCACUCUUCUCGCGGCCCGAAGUAUAUCUGCCGGGGCCACAGAUGGCGCCCGGAUGCCAGCAUGACGAUCAGACACGCCACAUGCUGCUGGAGGAGUUCUUUGAGAUGCAUGCCGCCCAACUGCAGCUGGACGGGCCGCUCUACAUGAAGGCGGACCCCAAGAAGGCCUGGAAACGCUACCAUUUCGUGCUGCGCUCCUCGGGCCUCUACUAUUUCCCCAAGGAGAAGACCAAAAACACCAGAGAUCUCGCCUGUCUCACCCUCUUCAGCGGCCACAAUGUGUACACGGGUCUGGGGUGGCGCAAGAAGUGGAAAUCGCCCACGGACUACACCUUUGGCUUCAAGUCCGCCGUGGACUCGUCGCUGGGCAAGUCCUGCCGAUCGCUGAAAAUGCUCUGCGCCGAGGAUCUGCAAACACUGGAUCGCUGGCUGACGGCCAUCAGGAUCUGCAAGUAUGGCAAACAGCUGUGGCACAAUCACAAGCUCCUCAUGGAGGAUCUCUGCAUGGGGGAUGGCGUCUCUCAGUCGAGCUUCGCCUCGGCCUCGAUGCGCAGCAGUGAGUCCAUAUCGAGCAUCUCCUCGGCUGUGCCCUCACAAUGCGGCAGCGUCUCCUCGGCCAUCAGCAGCAUGUCCAACUCCUCGACCAGCGGCCGCACCUCACGCGCCUCCAGCUCCAGUUCGAGCGGCUGCUUGUCGGAUGACAACAAUGGCUUCGAUUCGGAGUUUACGACCGGCACCAUCAAGCGGAAGCCCUCGAUGAAGCCCAACCUGCCGCUCACGACAAUGACACGGCAGCUGAAGGAGGUCGGAGAGAUCACCAUAUGCGAGAGCGGCGGCGGCAGCGGCGGGGGUGCGGGCGACGCCAGCUCCCCGGAGCGUAGUGGCACACUGACGCGACGCCACAGUCGUCGGAAGUCGCAGGAGAGUAAUGGCAGCGGCACCCUCAAGCGGCGGCCUGUUGUAGUUCCAUCAGCGGUGACUGUCAAGCAGCAACAACAGCAGCAGCAGCAGCAACAGCAACUCCAGCAGGAGCAGGGCAGUGCCUCAUCGACAUCGUCGAGCAGCAAUUCAACGCCAACGCCCACGCCCAGCAUAUGCGCUGGCAAGACGCUGCCCCUGCCGCUGCCACUGCCACUGCCGCCGCCAACGACAUUGAAUCUCGGCGAUGCCAACUCCUCCAGCGAUGCGUCAUUGAUGUGUUCGUCCACUUUAUCACUCGAUUCGCUGCCACCACCGCCGCCGCCGCUGGCAGCGCACGGUCUGGACGGUGCCGACGAUCAGGAUGUGUAUGGCUCGCAGUUGUCUUUGGCCUCGUUGCCGCCACCGCCGCCGCCCGAGGAUGUGAUGGUGAUGCAUGCCAUGGCCUAUGCAUCCGCCGGACCAGCGCCGAUCCAGGGGCAGGUGUCCAGCCCUACCACGCCCACGCCCACGCAGCAAGGGAUGAUGAUGCCCAUGGGCAUGGCCAUCAUGCCCAACAGCAAUGGAUCCCUGCCGCCGGCAGUGCCGGCCAAACCCAAUAAGCCGGCGGUGAAGCAGGCCUCGCUGAAGGCAGCGCCGCCAUACAAGGCGCCGCCCGACUACGUGGGACCACAGAGCGGCAUCGGGGGAGGACCACCGCCGGCACUGCCGCCACCUGUGGCCCAGAAGAAGGUCUCCUUUGCCGAUUCGCCGGUGCUGCUGCGGCGGAAGAUGUGCUCCCCAGAGCCGGUGCUGCCGCAGCGUUCGCCCAGCACGACGCUGAGUACGGGAUCAGGAUCUGGAUCAGGAUCGGCGUAUCAGCAGUAUGCACCCGGGCCGAUGCUGCCACCACGCACCGAUCUGGCCCGCCUCUCUGCCCAGAGCAAUGGCAGCGGCAGCUGCAGCGAGGUGACAUCGCCCAAGCGGCUGCAGGAGUCCGCCUCGAAUCCGCCGCGAGACUUUCUCAAAGAUCUGCAACGGGUGAUGCGUAAAAAAUGGCAGGUGGCCCAGAAAUGUAAGCUAGAGCCGGCCACUACGCCGCACGAGGUGCUGGGCUUCAGGGACUUCAGCAACGAGGAUCUGCUGGCCGCCCACAAUCUCAAUUCGGGUGCCAACUCCUCGCACUAUUAUCGCGAGACGGCGAAUGUCAGCCACUGGGUGCGGGAGCACUACGAAUACGCACACAAUGCCCUCUACGAGAAUGUGCACGCCCAGACGAAUGGAUCGGGAGCGGGAACGGGAACGGUAUCAGGCGCUGGUGCACCGAUUCUAGGUGCAGUUGGAAUGCUCACAGACGUUGCUGCAGCUACAGCUGCUGCUGGCGGCAUGCCAGCCCCAGCGCCAGUUGGGGCUCCGUUAGGUGUGGGUGUGGCCGGCAAAAAGCGUCCACCGCCGCCACCACCCAAGCGCAGCGACAAAACGCACCUCACGACCAAUCGGGUGUAGGAAUGUGCUGUGGUCCUGCCGACCAGCAGACGCUGCAGCUGUUGCAGGAUGCAGUAGAGUACGAGUAGAGUAGAGACACACAUUUGGGAUGGAUCGGAUCGGAUCGCAUGGAAACCUCUUUCUUGUUGUGCUUAAAACCAGAAAGAAGAUUCAAAUACAAAUACAACAAAUUCCUAUUUAAGUCUUAGGCGGAAGCAAUGGAAUGUGUCCCUAAAAACGAACAUUACGUAUGCAUAAAUAUAAACUAACUAUGAUCUAUAUUCUAUGCAGCAUAUUGCAUAUGUAUCUGCCAACUCUCUUACACAAGUAUUAUGUAUAUCGAAUGAGAACGAGAACGAGAAAGAGAACGAGAACGAAAAGGCAGGAUCUUAAAUCACUCGAAAUGUCGAUGCAAGAGCGAAAAUCAUUUUUAGUAAAAAUCUAUUUUAAGCUCAAAUUUUAGAUUGUAAAACGAAGAAAAGCAAAAAAGCGAUAAACGUGUAAUUUGUAAUUCAAUAUUUUUUUGUAAACGAUAGUGCAUUAUUUUUAACAAGAGGAAAAUCGAUAUAUACGUAUAUCUAUUAAGUGUCUGAGAUGCCUGUUUGCCUGUUUAAGAAUUUUGUAUUUAUUAUUUUUAUUUUUGGCUAUUUUUUGUUUGUUAAUUUUUAUUUUUGCAGCGCAUCAAAUGCGCGGCUUCGGCCGAAGAAGUGGAAAAUCGAACCGUAUAAACCGGAAGCCCUACAAUACAAUGCGCAUAAUAUACCUACAUAGAUCUACAUAUAUAUUUGAUGUUUACAUGCCAAUGUGUACCUACCAUAAGAGACUACAAAUUCCUUUGAAAUCCUUUCUACUCUUGUUAAACCAUCAGAGAAGCUAUAAAACAAUAACCUGGUCUCGUUAGAAUCGAUGGAAAUCAUUGAAAAAUCGAAGAAUGCUGUGCAAAAAUCAUUGGAAAUCGAAAAUGGAAUUACUUUCUUGAUCCCUCAAUUUGCUUAAAACCUUUUAGAAAUCAUAAAGAUAAAUGGCAUUUUUUACUAGCCCUAUAAAGAUUGUACUUACAUUGCAAAAGCAGCAGAAAGAAACCCUUAAGAGUGUUCUCCUGGCAUGGGAAUGCAAGAUAUAUAUGAAAUAUAAAGUAUAUUGCGCAUUGGUAUGGGUAAAUCCAACUAGUUUUUAACGAAGAACGCAUAUUAGCGUCGUCUAUAUAUAUAGAGUUAUUUCUGUACACAAAUCAAAUAUUGUAUUUCAUCUAGUAAUUGGUAAUUGUAACAAUAUAAUGUAUUAAUUAAUUAACUAUUGUUUUCCUAGAAUAUUCAGAUUUUUAAUCAUUUUGUAAGGCGCGUUCCUAAUGGUUCAAUAUCAUAUAUUAUGUAUAUAUGCAUAUGUAUGUAUGUGUUGUAUUUGUUCAUCUAAGAGUUAAGAAACGGAGGGGGGGGGGGGAAGAAAAUAUCUGUGUUGGCUCCAUUGUGUUCUCCCCGAAGUGCAGUAAUCAAAAGAAAUCAAACUAUAAAAACAUCCACAGCAGAGAUCCAAUCAACAGUAAUCAAAACCGCCAAUCGAUCAACGAUAGCUGUAGUCAAUUUAAUUCUCCUAUCGAUUGCCUAUCGAUUUUAGCCGCCCCAUAAUGUUCUUCUGUAGUAACUUGAUUGCCAUUUUAUGUGUGUUUCUGUUUUGUUUCUUUUUUUUUUUCGUCGGAGAAAGCCAUUUAUAUAAAUAUGUACGUAUAUCCCGUAUGGAGUGUGGGAUGUACUAUGUACUGCAGCUAUAAGGAAGGAAGUUUGUGUGCAUAUGUUACGUUUGGUUACGUUUAAGUGCGAUCGAAUCCAUAGAUUAUUAUUAUUCACCCUCCCAUUUUGCAUUCAGAAUUACACGCUACGUUUGGGUUCCGAUAUUUAACGCCAGCAUUAACCUAGCAGAUACAUAAAUAGAAAGAGUUUGCAUUUUACUUUCCUAUCCCAUGCAGAACUAAAUGGUAUUAUGCAUAUAGAGCUCUAGGGAUUACUACGAUAAAUAACUAUACUUAAAACUAAAGGAAAUGCCAAUUUUUUAAGCUUGAUAUUUAUACGGAAUAUAUGAAGAUAUUUUUUAGAAACUAUACGCUAUAUAUAUAUCUAUAUACAUACAUGCACUGCACACACAUAUGUAUGUAGUGUGUGUGUGUGUGUGUGUGUGUGUGUGUAUGUGUAUGGUGGGAACACAAGGAUGUGCCAUAGGCGCCGUCGUCGUGAAUGUUUUUUGCUAAAUAAAUGUACUAAAAACCGAAAUUAGAGCGUAAGCAACAGAAAUCAAAGCUAAAAGAAUAUAUAUAUAUAUAAAUAGGGUUACUAGACAUAUAGUACAUAUAUGCAUAGCGAUUAAAGGCAAAGGAAUGUGGAAUCUAGAAACCUACUCGACAAGUAAAACAACAACAACAAAAAACAAAAACAAAGCUUCAACUAAAAGCAUUUUAACACGCAUUUUGAUUUGCCAUUUCGUUUUUUUGUACUUUAUUUAUACGUAUGUUCCCUUUUGCAUAUGUUUUGUGCUUAAAUAAAAAUCAAUUUUAAUGUUAAACAAAGCGAGGGGGAGAUUAGGUAAAUAAGAUGUGUUGUGUUCGACCAAGCGAACGAGCAAAUCGAACAGAAAGCAGAAUCCUAACUAAAGUAUCUACUAAGCGAAAUCAAACCAGAAACAAAACUCAAACUGCAGUCACAGCAAACAAUACACACAGAACACACAGAACAACUUCAUAAAUAAAUAACUGUAACACACAUUCAACCAUCAUUCAUCUAUGCAUUAACUACAAAUUUACAACAAACAAAAAUAACUACAAUCCAAGCAAAAACACAAAUAAUAAUUCAUGAAUAUUGAAUACUGAAUGAAAAACAAAAGGAAAAACAAAACCAUGUAUAUGAAAAGCCCAAGAAAUUCUUUGCAGGUCUAUUAUAUAGUGAACAAUGUUGCCAUUUGAUACGAUUUUUUCCCACAAAAA